CCGCCCCGCGGCUGCCCUCCGGGCAAUACUUCCGCCCUCACGCUGCUAAACAUCCACAACUACGACCUGACGCUCCACGAUCGGCGCCGCCUGGCCGGUGAAGUGAAAAAGUAUCGUGCCUGGGCCUCCGCGUCGCCGCAGCAACGGCUGGUCGUCAUCGGGGGAGACCUCAAUUUCGACGACGGCGCCCACCUAUCGUAUGAGGACCCGCAGCGGACUCGCCAGCACGAGGCUCGCCGUGACCAUGCCGCACCUCGGUACUGGCAGCAGCUGCUCGGCCGCUUCGUGGAGAUCAAGAUCGACUCCCCGACGCAUUACGACGUACACCGGCUUAAAUCUUCGACGUUGGACCGGCUCUACGUCUCGGUGCCGCCCGAGGCCGUGUUUGGCAUCUCCAUGCGCGCCUACCUCGCCUCAGACCCGGCCACGCUUUCCGACGGGAAGCUCAGCGACCACGGCAUCCUCGUAUUGGAACUGUCCAAUGCCAAGGCUCCCGGACGCCGAGAUUGCCCCAUACCCGAAUGGAUUUGCAAGGAGCCGCUCUUCGCCACCACAUUCGCGAAGGCGAUGGCCGUCUCCCGGAUGCCCGGGGACCCGAUCCAGGUGUGGAAGAUCACGAAAGCCAACAUCUUGGUUGCUGCCCGCACCACACGCGACGUGCUCACCCGGGAGCCGGACCUGAGCACCAGGGCGUCUUAUCCAGAUGCACGUCUGCUCGUCCUGCGCGCAGCAGCCCGCGCGCACUGGCGUGAGGACAGCCGCACGCUCAGCGCAUUGGCAAACUCUGCCCCGCUGCUGGCAGAUUUCUUCACGGUCUCCGAGGCCGGCACCUCUCUCUCUGACCAGGCGGGCUUCGCUGCUGCGAUCCGCGUGGCGGCCUCCGCCGUGCUCGACCGGGACCGCCAGGCUGCCAUGGCGAACUCGUCCACGGCUCUGCAGCGCGGCGCCCAGGCAUGUGGGGCUUUCUGGAAAGGCAGGGCUGUGCGAGCCGCCCAGAAGGCCCAGCUCUGGCGCCCCUUCCAGAGCGUCCAGGUCUUGGCGGGCAUCCUCCAGCCAUCGACGCCGCCAGCCGACGCGCCCCCCGCAGGAGUGGCUCGCGACCCCGCUGGCAUGGCCGCAGCUCUGCGCGCCCACUGGGAGCCGAUUUUCGCGGCCAAGGCGGUGCCCAGUGGCGAGGUUCAUAACUACCUCCAGUGCCACUUCCCCCGCCUCCCCGACACCCAGCUGCCGUUGCCGGACAUCGAGGACGUGGAAAGAGCAGCACGACGCGCCCGCCCCACUGCGGCCGGACCCGACGGCAUACCUCAUGCAGCGUGGGCACGGGCUCCUGGAGCUAUUCAGCACCUGCACGCAGCAAUGCUCGCCAUCAUGGGCGGGGCGUGCCCUCCGGAAGGCCUCAACGCCUCGUGGCUCCAGUUCGCGCCUAAGGGGGACGGCACCCCGUCGGCGGUGCAGGUGGAGCGGGAACCUGCUAAGACCCGCCCACUUGCACUCAAGAACUCCGACGCGAAGCUGAUGGCGGCGGCGGCCAACAGGUACCUCUCCGUUGUCGCGGAGAGCCACGUCCCGAGCCCGCAGCGCGGCUUCGUCAAGGGCCGGAACUUCCUGGAGAACGUGUGGCGGCUCGAUGCCCAGGCGAGGGUCGCCACACUCGACCCCCCGGUGGCCCUCGCCCGCCGCCGCCCGUGCCUCGUCUCCUUCGACGUGGCCGCGGCAUUUCCCAGCCUGGCAUGGGAUUGGCUCUUUGCGGCGCUCUCCCAGUUCGGCAUCCCGGACUCGUACAUCCAGUUGAUCCGGGCGCUCUACGACGGGCAGCACUGUUGGACGCGCAUCGGGGCACGGUCCUUCUACAUGUGCCUCGUCCUCACGGGCGUUGCCCAAGGCUGCCCUCUUUCGGGCACUCUGUGGGCUCUCGCCACGGCCCCAUUUGUGGAGGCGCUGGCCGGAGCUCUAGCGUUGCCCUCCCGCUCCCUGGCCAGCCGCCCACCCCGCGCAGCGCGGCUGGUCGGUGCUGGCAGGGAUGCCGAGCUUGGCGUCUGCGCUGACGACAUGGGCAUCGUGCUGUGGGACUUCGGCCUCCUCGCCCUCAUUGAGCCUCACUUCCGGGCCAUGGGGCGCCUCGCAUGCUUGCACCUGCAGCCGCGGAAGUGCGUGUUGGUGCCGCUGUGGCUGGACGCCGCUGACCUGCCAGCCACGCUCCAGGCCAUCCGCGCAGCUCUCAGAGAACUCGUCCCUGAUUGGGCUGAUUUCGACAUAGCCUCUAAGGUCAAGUACCUCGGGUUCGUGCUGGGCCCAGGGUCAGACCUCGCAGAUUCAUGGCACCCUGCCGCCACGAAGUACAAGCAGCGCACGGCCGUGCUCCAGACCGUGCCGGUCCCGACUGCGGAAUUGAUCACACUGUGCAAUGGCUCAGUUGUCUCUGUCCUCAGCUACCUGGCCCAGCUCCUGCCUUUGCCCGAGGACCUCAUCAAAGGCGAGUUGGACACGUUGCAUCGCAUCUUGAAGGCGCCCCCCAAGAGCUUCGCUCUGAACGACCUGCUGAGCAUGGGGGAGUGGGCGCCCGGGCCCGCGUUGAAGGCGCUGCUGCCUGCAGCUUGGGCUGCUGCUUGGAGGACAGCUGAGGCCACUCUCAAAGGGUGGCGUCACUUCGCGGCGGAGUGGCAGGAACGCGCCUUCGAUAUGCUCCCGGCCCGUGCCGUCCUGGAGGGUCGCUGGGCCGCCCCUGUCUGGACGCGGACCCAAUCGAUGGUCCAGUACAUGCUCUCGGUCACCGAGGCCGCGGUUACCGCACCCAGCAAGCGGCUUGGCCAGCGGCGCCGGCAUGCGCUUGCAGCGGGCAAUGCCGCGGCGAAGGAUGAGGUCCGCCAGUCUGCUGCUGCGGGCCGCCGCGCCCGCGUGCAGCGAACCCACGCGCGCGUGGCCACCCAGCACUUGCACCCCGAGGCGUUUCACAUGACCAUCGG